UUGUAUUUCACCGAGGAAGGCCGGUGUCGGAGGAGAAGAGAGAGAAAAACCAAUCGAAGAGAGAGAGAGAGAGAGAGAGAGCGACAUCCACGCUCCUCCAGAGCGAGAAAAAAUAACAACACCACCAACAACAGCAUACAUUCUCAUUUCAUUCUUAUUUUUAUUUUUAUUAUUAUAAAAAAAAUAAUACAGAUAAAAAUUAAGAGAGAGAGAGAGGGAGAGGGAGAGGUAGAGGGGAGAGAUGCAGAACAACUUCUUGACGACGAUACGGAGCCUGAAGAUCAUCGACGGCUGCUCGGGCCCCACAACGGCAGCCGGCGGCCACCACCACCAGAAUUUCUUCUUGGGAGCCGGCGGCGAUCGGUCGUCGUCGUCGUCGUCGGCCCCGUCCCUCCUCCGCCCCUCCUUCUCCCUCCACUCCAAUUCCCUCCACCACCGCCACCACCACCGUCCUUCCUCCUCCUCCCUCCCCGCCGCCGACGGCCUCCCCUGCGGCCUCCCCUCCCCCGACCUCCUCUCCCCCUCCGUCGACCCCUUCCUCCGCCCCGUCGACCCCGUCUCCUCCCUCUCCCUCUAUUUCCGUCGCCUCCACCGCGCCAACGAGGACGAGAACGAGGUCGACGAGGUCGACGAGGGGGAAGAGGAGGUCGAGGAGGAGGAGGGGAGGGACCUGUGCGACCUCUACCUGGAGCAGCGGGCGCUGCUGCGGCACCUGGGCGACCCCAAGCUCCUNGCCCCCGCGCCGAACCUCGACGAGGAUGACGACGAGGAGCGGGACAAGGCUGACGUGUGGUUCCUCGUCGGCGACGGCGAGGCCCCUCCGCCAUCGUCUGCUGCGUCUGCUCCGCGAUCCGACGCCCCGGCGCUGCCGAGCCUCGACGAGGACGACGACGAGGAGCGGGACGAGGCCGACGUGUGGUUCCUCGUCGGCGAGGGCGAGGGCGAGGCCGUCCCCUGCGUCCGCUCCGCCAUCGCCGCCCUCUCCAAGCCCCUCAACGCCCUCCUCUACGGCGGCUUCGCCGAGGCCCAGCGCGACCGCAUCGACUUCUCCCGCAACGGCGUCUCCCCCCGCGCCCUCCGCGCCGCCCGCCGCUUCGCCCGCUCCUCCGGCGACGGCGACGGCUACGGCGAGGCCGCGCGCCUCCCCCGCGACCUCCCCCGCGACCUCCUCCUCGAGCUCCUCGCCUUCGCCAACAAGUUCUGCUGCGAAGCCCUGAAAUCCGCCUGCGACGCCGCGCUCGCCGCCUCCGUCCUCGCCCCCGACGACGCCCUCCUCCUGAUCGACCCCGCGCUCGAGGAGUCCUCCUCCCUCCUCGUCGCCGCCUGCCUGCAGUCCUUCCUGCGCGACCUCCCGCGCUCGCUCCACGACCCGGAGAUCGCGCGGCUGCUCUGCGGCGCCGAGGGCCGGGAGCUGCUCGCCGCCGCGGGCCACGCCUCCUUCGCGCUCUACCACUUCCUCAGCCACGUCGCCGUGGAGGAGGACGCCACCUCCAACGCCGCCGUCAUGCUCCUCGAGCGCCUCGCCGAGUCCGCCGCCGCCCCCUGGCAGCGCCAGCUCGCCCUGCACCAGCUCGGCUGCGUCAUGCUCGCGCGCGGCGAGUUCAAGGACGCCCAGCGCUGGUUCGAGGACGCCGCCGCCGCGGGCCACGUCUACUCCCUCGCCGGCGUCGCCAGGGCCAAGUUCAAGCGCGGCCACAAGUACUCCGCCUACAAGCUCAUGAAUUCCAUCAUCGACGACCACGACCCCGCCGGGUGGAUGUACCAGGAGCGCUCCCUCUACUGCAUCGGCAAGGAGAAGAUGGCCGAUCUCAGAACCGCCACCGAUCUCGAUCCGACGCUCGUAUACCCCUACAUGUACCGCGCCGUCUCCCUCUUGGAGGACGACAAGAUCGGCGCCGCCAUUGCGGAGAUCAACAAGAUCUUGGCGUUCAGGGUCUCGACGGAGUGCCUCGAGCUGAGGGCUUGGUUCUAUCUCGCCCUCGAGGACUAUGAAGGUGCGCUGCAGGACAUCAGGGCGCUGAUGACGUUGGACCCGGAUUAUAUGAUGUUCCACGGGAAGAUCCAUGGGGACCAUCUGAUCGAGCUGCUCCGGCAGCACGUGCAGCAGUGGGACCUGGCCGAUUGCUGGAUGCAGCUCUAUGAUCGGUGGUCGGCAGUGGACGAUAUCGGGUCGCUCGCGGUCGUGCACCAGAUGCUCGCCAAGGAGCCGGGGAAUAGUAGCUUGAGGUUUCGGCAGUCGCUUCUGCUGUUGAGGUUAAAUUGCCAAAAGGCUGCAAUGCGAAGCUUGCGCUUGGCUCGGAACCAUUCAACUCACGAGUACGAAAGGCUUGUCUAUGAAGGAUGGAUUUUGUACGACACUGGCCAUCGUGAAGAAGCUCUAAUAAAGGCUGAGGAAUCAAUAGCUAUCCAGAGGUCAUUUGAAGCAUUUUUCCUAAAAGCGUAUGUGUUAGCUGACACAAGUCUCGAGACAACAACAGCAUUAUAUGUUAUUCAACUUUUGGAACAAGCCAAUAGUUGUGCUUCGGAUAACCUCCGAAAAGGGCAAGCUCAUAAUAACAUGGGAAGCAUAUAUGUGGAUUGUGAUAUGCUGGAUGAAGCUGCGGAAUGCUACUUGAAAGCAUUAGGUAUAAAGCAUACUCGUGCACAUCAGGGCUUGGCACGUGUUUAUUACCUUAAAAAUCAGAAAAAAUCUGCUUACGAUGAGAUGACAAAGCUUAUUGAGAAGGCAAAGAACAACGCGUCGGCAUAUGAGAAGCGUUCCGAGUACUGUGAUCGUGAUAUGGCAAAGAGUGAUCUUAACAUGGCCACGAGGUUAGAUCCGACAAGGACUUACCCUUACAGAUACAGGGCUGCAGUCUUAAUGGACGACCACAAAGAGGAGGAAGCGAUCGCUGAGCUCUCACGCGUGAUAGCGUUCAAGCUGGACCUCCAGCUCCUCCACUUACGCGCCGCCUUCUACGACUCGAUGGGCGACAGCGCGGCCACCCUCCGAGACUGCGAGGCCGCUCUCUGCCUAGACCCGGCGCACGCCGACACUCUCGACCUGUACAAUAAAGCUCGCGAAAAAUCCGAGCCACAAAGCUAGGUAAGAAAAACCAAGCUUAUCACUUUUUCGCUCCGUGAGCUUUGUUCAUAGAAACUGUCUAUAUAUAUACCUAACUGUAUUUCGGAUAACAUGCCGAAAGAUGAGGCAAAGAAAGAAGCAGAAGAAUGGAGUAUGUGUAUAUAUUUAUGCCAGGUUUAUAACAUCUAUAAAAGGAAGAUGAUAUGAGAUUGGAUGAGCUUUUUGGCCAGAAGAUUAUGUAAAGAUGAGUGUAAAUGAGAGUGAUUGACCGAAAAGUCGCGGCGGGAUCGAUGAACUGCUAUUUAGGAACAACUCUGUAUUUUUUUUUCCUCCUUUUUUUUGGUUACUACCAAUUUUUUUUCGAAACGUUGAUGUCGAUAAUAAUUGCUAUGAUUAACAGAGAGCAAUGAAGAGUUAAUGGUAGGGUGUCUAGGCCAAGAUAAUUUACUCAAACUUUUCAUUUUUUUUUUUUU